GUGCCAGGCGGCGCAGGGGCGGGGCUUCUUCCCGCCCGUCUCGCGCGCGCGCGCUCCCCGCGACCCCGCCCCCUGCGCGCUCCUCCCCGGCGCCGGCUCUCCGUUCUUCUUCCUCCUCCGGCGGCGGCGGCGGCGGCUCCCUCAUGGCUUUCCGGCGGGUGAUGGCGCUGACAGCGGCCGCCUGCGGGCUGGCGGGGGGCUCGGUCCUGCUGUCCGCCGUGGCGGUGGGGAAGCAGCCGCAGGUGGGGCUGGGCGGCGGGGACGGCCCCCCCGAGCCCCGCCUGGCGGGACCCCCGCCCUCCUCCUCCUCCUCCUCCCCCUCGGCCCCGCCCCCGCCGCCGGGGCUGCUGCUCCUGCCCUCGCAGGCCGCCUCCUGCCCCGCUGCCGCCGCGCCCGGCUGGCUGGAGAGGGCCAACGGCUGCGGCUACUGGGACAGCAACUGGGACAGGAGAGAGCCACAGGCCCUUAUGAAUCUGAAGAAGAAGAAGAAGAAGAAAAAUGAAGAGACUGGGGAAGAGGAGGAUUUGGCGAGCGCAGUCCACUACAAAGCCAAAGCGACCCGGCACAUAUUCCUCAUACGCCAUUCUCAGUAUAACAUGGAUGGGCAAGACGAUAGUGACAGGACUCUGACCCACCUGGGCCGCGAGCAAGCAGAGUUGACAGGGAAAAGACUCGCAAGUCUGGGGCUGAAAUAUGACCGCAUUGUACACUCUUCGAUGACGAGAGCAACGGAAACCACCAACAUAAUCAGCAAACAUCUUCCUGGAGUGAAGAAAUCGAGCACGGAUCUGCUGCGAGAGGGUGCCCCUAUUGAGCCCAACCCUCCUACCCCGCACUGGAAGCCGGAAGCUGUGUACUAUGAAGAUGGGGCUCGGAUUGAAGCCGCCUUCCGGAACUUCAUUCAUCGGGCUGAUGUCAAGCAGGAAGAAGAUAGCUAUGAGAUCUUCAUCUGCCACUCCAAUGUCAUCCGUUACAUUGUUUGCAGAGCAUUGCAGUUUCCUCCCGAAGGCUGGCUGCGGCUGACCCUCAACAACGGCAGCAUCACCCACUUGGUCAUCCGUCCUUCUGGCAGAGUGGCGCUUCGAAUGCUCGGAGACACGGGGUUCAUGCCUCCUGAGAAAAUCACACGCAGCUGAGUGAACAGGAAAAUGGUCCUCUUGGAAGCUGCCUGCAGACUCUCUUUACCAGGGCAGCUAUGGUAGAACAUUAUGGCCUGGUAGGAUGUUGAGUUUCAAAACUAUACUUGGCGCCCAUUCCCUGCCUCGUGUAUAUGUAAACCUAAGGAGGGCCCUCCACCCUAGGAAAAAGCACAUGCAUUUCGUAGUGCUGGCGGUACAUUCCACCAAGCACUGCUGCUGUCCAGCCUGUGCUGAUUUCAGUGGUACUUGCGGGGGCCAGGCUGAAUCUCCACUGCAGCCGUACUUAAUGGAAUGGGGAGACUCAAGUGAGAUUAUCUAGCUUCUUAGCUGAUGUGGGUGUACCACUUUGCUUUCCUGUGCCACAGGAGAGCUGCUCUUGCUUCUUCCUGCAUCCAGAGGGUUCUUUCUCCCUGUGCUUGGGACAAGGCUAGAAUAAGUUCACCACGCUUAGAAGACGAUUACUGAGGUCACAAACAAUCUAGAAAAGAUUUAGAGAGAUACGAAGGCUGGACCUAAAAGGGUUGGAAAAGCACAGGCAUAAUUUUUUUCAGUGUGUGUGUGGUGGUGGUGGUGGUGGUGGGCGUGUCUAUGGAAUCGACAUCUCAUACAGCUGCCACCUGUACAUGGCAAGCACACCCGAAAGAACAGAACCUGAGUUGUGUGCAAGAGGCAUGUAUUUGUGCCCCCCCCGUGUCAACAAAGGUCUUAAAAGAUCGUGCUGCGAUGACUGAUGGCACGCUUCUUGUGUCCAGAAUGAGGUCCUGACUAGUUUGUGAGCCAUCUGGCUUGAUUCUGCACUUCUCUCCUUCACUCCCACCUAAUUAGCGAUUUAUUAAUGAACAGGAGUUAACGAACAGGCGUUCGUUGGCCUGCACCUCUUCCCACAGCUAGGAUAAACGCUUGAACUGGACCACUCUCAAGGCCCUGUGCCAUUAACGAUUGCCCCAGCUGACUACUUUUGUCACCAUACUACUUUAAGUACAUUGGGAGCCACCUGGGUGCUGUGUAUGGAAAGCCAUUUAGAAGUGAACCUCUUCUCCCUCCCGCCACCUCAGUGCCAUCCCCCAGAGCACAACCCAUAGCAUGCUGAAGCUGGCUUUAAAAAAAACACAAAACUUUUGAAUGUUUACAAGGGCACUGAAUUGAACCCUAGGUAGACACCUGCUGCUUUGAGGCAGGCAAAAUGCUUUCUGUGAAACUCACUGCCUAGCAACUUGUAUGUGGUUGGAAACAAGUAUUCCAGAAAAGAGCUUGGGCAGGGGGUGAAAACUUUUCUGUACUCAUGGAAAAUAGUGAUGGUUUCUCUUUCAAUCAGUGCAAGAAGUUAUUCUGAUUUGUCUAACUUUAUAAAUGUCUGCAAAAAUAAAACUUUUAUUGACUUUAA